AUGACCUCGAGGUUUCCCACUGCGGAGGAGUUCGCGUCGUUCCCGCCGCCGAAUUAUGUCGACCCAAUCAACCACUUGCCCAUGGCACUGGGUGUUGUCAUUCCAAUGUGUGUCCUGGUCGCCGUUUUCAUGUCAUGUCGACUGUAUUGCCGGACUGUUCUUGUAAAGACAUUAGGAUGGGAUGAUGGGUUGAUGUCCAUUGCAGCAGUGCUGUGUAUUGGGAGCAACAUCAUGCUCAUAAUAUCCAUGCUGCCAGAGUACCAGAUGGGCUAUCAUCUAUGGGAUAUUCACCCAGAGAAACUCUAUGGCUCGAUGAAGGCUGCUCAGAUGGGUAUGGCUACUCAGCUGCUCUUUACUGCCAUCACGACUUUUAUGAAAGUCGCCAUUCUUCUGACCUACAUACGCAUCUUUCCAGCCAAGCUCGACAGGUGGUUUUGCCAUAUGAUGAUAUUCUACACAGUGACGCUAAACACGGCUUGCUUUUUCGUGACACUAUUCCAAUGCUCGCCGGCAAGCACGUACUGGAAAGUGUUCGAGUUCAUUGGCACUGCCAAAUGCCUCAACAUCAAAGCCAUAUACUAUUUUCACGGCGGACAAAAUACCUUGAGCGACUUUGUGAUCUUUUUGUGGCCUGCACGAAACCUCAUCAAUGUUCAGGUAUCACGGCGACAGCGGUUGACACUGAUUAUGAUGUUUUCACUCGGCGUAAUUGUAUGCAUUGCUGGGGUUGUACGACUCUACUUUACGUACCGGUAUCUCGUCUCCUUCGACGCAUUCUGGUAUGGAGGCUCAGUCUUUAUCAUCAUGUCCAUUGAAAGCGCUGUGGGCGUCGCAUGCGGAUGCCUUCCAGGCUGCAAACCUUUGAUGAACAAAAUGUUUCCGCGCAUCUUCGCCAGCUCUUCGCAGUCAUCGUAUCCCCGUCGGUCGGCACAUUUGCGUGCGCACAAGGGCAUCCAGGAGUCUUCUUCGGGAGCACGCUCGGUACAAGCAUCGUUUAACCAGAAGGAAGAUAAUCCGAGCGCAAUGGAAAAAGCGGUACGACGAGAUACACCAUCAAGCCAUGAAGUAGUAGUAAGCCCGUCGAAAUCGCAUCCUCAGCAUCCGGGGCUACGGCCGCCCAGUCGAGCCGCAUUUCCCGGAGGAAGAAGAGAGGGAUACAGCGAGCUGGACAACGGGAGCGAUGACAGCAUAGAAAUGUUCUUAUUAUUGCAGCGAAACUAG